AUGGCUACAGAAUUUGCGGAUCGAUUUGAAACUAACACUGAAAGCGGCCCAAGUCAAACAGUUGUAACAUCAAGCAUCGUAAUUCCCACUACCUCAAAAAGAUCUGGCCGCCAGGAUGCUUUACCAAAACGACGGGCUAGUAACGAACUUACUCGUCAGAACAAUGACGAGACAAAAAGGCCUCGAUUAGACAUGAAUAACAAAGAAGUAAAAAAACGAAGUAGAAAGAUGUUUGGUGUUUUAUUAGAUACGUUGACAAAAUUUAAAAAUGAAAGUCAAAAUAAAACAGAGGCUGAGAUAAAACGUGAACAAAUUGAACGAAAACUGCAAGAAAAACUAAAGAAAGAACAUGAAGAAUUGGUGGAAAAUAUUAAAAAGGAGGAACAAGAGAGGAAAGAAAGAAUUGUCAGAGAAAGAAGAGAGGCUGAAGAAAAAAGAACAAAUGAGGCGAGAGUCUGUUGGGCGACGCAAAAGAAGAACCUUGCCAAUUUUCUUCGUACAAAUACACAGCCAUCUCUAUAUUAUCUUCCAGCAAAAAUGUCUCAAUCUGUAGUGCAAACUAUCGCAAUACAGAAACGACAAGUGGCAUUAGAAUCAUCGUCAUUAAUAUCUUAUAGUGAAAAUGGGAAAAAUGAAGAGGGCAAUAUCAAUAAUGAUUUUGAAAUUACUGGGCACAAUAAAAAUGAAAAAUCCGGUAAAACACGUGAUGAAAAUAAGAUGGAAGUUGAUAAACAUGAGGAAAAAGAUGAAAAUAAAUCACCGAAAGAGAAUACUGAAAAUGAUGCUCAUACUAAAGAGUCAUCGGCUGCCGAAGCCAUGGAAACUACGGUAAGUAAUAAUGAAGGAAAUACCAACACUGAAGAACCAGCGGCCAAUGAAGAACUUGCUGAUAGCAAAGAUGAUCCUGUUGAAUACUAA